GAAGGGGUCUGGUUUUAGGUGGCGAUCUUUGAUAUUGCAAUUAGGCACCUAGGCCUGACAGUCACGGUCCGAAAUGUUUCUUUCCAGGAUUCUGGUUGUCGUUUUUAUAGCCGUACUCGUCUUUUCCUCUCCUGCGGAGGGUUGUCGACGACGACGUCGGCGGAGAACGUAUGUACCACCACCAGAUUAUCCACCGAGAUUCACAAGUUGCCGCGGUUAUUAUUACACUACAACUGCGGUUUGGGGGCGUCGAGUCUAUUAUUCGACACCAACAGCAACUGAUGACAGACGCGGCUGGGUUGUCUGGCGCACAUCAGGGUUACCCUCAGGAAGCUAUUUCCCUGAAGGGAGUAGUCGAGUUUACUAUGCAGUUAGAGACACCAGAGGACAGAGAGCCUACUGCAACUUUCUCGUCACUAUAAGAGUUUACCGCUGUCCUGCUGUUCCACCCAGCCCUUAUCAGUGGCAUUCCUGUUCCAACAACAAUCUAAUCGGCUCGGAGUGUACCUUUAACUGUUACCCAGGAUACAGUAUUAGUGGAUCAACAACCUCAAAAUGCCAUGGUUAUGGCUACUGGUCUCCCAAAUUUCCAACAUGCCAAGUGAAAACCUGUAGUCCGGCUCUCCAAAAUAUUCCCCAUGGGGGAGUUACCUGCACCAACUCUAACCACUACAACAGCAUGUGCACGUACCAAUGCAGCAUCGGCUAUGGAUUCCCUUCUGGGUCAACUACAUCGCGAAUAUGUGGAGAGGCUUGGUCUGGAACAACUCCAACAUGUGUUGAUAUCCAAGCACCAACUUUCAGCUUUUGCCCAGUCAGUUUCUCAAGAACGGCAGAUGAUGCACAGACCAGUGCAAUCGUCGCUUGGUCAACACCUACAGCUACUGAUAAUGUCCCUGGUGGUCUAACGGUAUCUCAGAUUGUAGGGUCACCAUCUGGGAGCCAACUGAGUCAAGGGCUCUAUAGUAUCAAAUAUCAAGCAACUGACGGACGGGGAAAUGUUGGAUAUUGCAGCUUCACUGUCACUGUUAUAGUGAUAACUUGCGGUGGUUUAACUCAUUCAGAAGGAUUGUUGAUCACAUGCCCCAAUAAUCACAUCAAGGGAGCAUCAUGCACAUUUGUGUGUGCUUUAGGGUACGAGUUAGUUGGUAACACCAUAACGUGUCAGUCUGAUGGUACAUGGAGCCCAUCUCAACCCCACUGCCAAAUUUUGACAUGUCCAACCCUUGACCCGCCUACCAAUGGUGACUUUCAAAAUGGCAGCUCUUGUAGCAACACCUAUGCCUCGUGGUGUUAUUUUGAGUGUGAUACCGGCUUUAGCAUCACUGGUAGUUCCGCUAGACAUUGUAUGGUGCAGGGUGUGGAUCAGAGUGAUGCAACCUGGAGUGGAACUUCAACCGGAUGCCAACCCUCUACCUGUCCGAUACCCUCAAGCACUGUGUUAAACCCGGAGGAGUCCAACACCUGCCCUGCAGUGAACCCAUUACCCUACAACAGCACAUGUAGCUUCAAUUGCCCUGAAGGGUACACUAUUCAAGGUGGAUCAUCUUCAACCUGUGGGGUUGAGAAUCAGUGGGAGCAAACCCUACCCCAAUGUCAAGAGAUCACGUGUUACAACAGUGAUUUGCCAGUCCCAAAUAAUGGCGCGAAGAGCGGCUGUUCUGGAGACUAUGAACCGUAUGGUACCACGUGUACACUGUCUUGUAAUCGUGGUUACUCUCCAACAUCAGAAGUACAGAGAACUUGUCAGAGUAAUGGGGUCGGCGGAGUCUGGUCGGGUGGAACCAUUUCGUGCACAGCUGUGGUUUGCCCGCCACUUUCCAUGCCUGCCAAUGGCAUUGUUUCUCUCUGUGUACGUAAUGGACAAGAUAGACUUACAACUGGAACCCAAUUGUUUGACACAACAUGUACUUUUGUAUGCAAUGAAGGCUACACUCUCUUUGGUACAGGAAGUCGCAAUUGUCUUGUGUCAGGAAUAUGGGAUGGUAGUAGUGUACAAUGCAAUGAUGAGACACCUCCCUUAGUGCAGUGCCCAGUGAACCAAGUCAUCUUUGCUGGGAUUGGUCAGAUCAUGGUGUCAUUGUCAUGGUCAUGGGAACCUGUGACGGGGACUGACGCUGGUCAAACCAUCUUCGCCAGCCUGCACACCUUCAACUCAGAUCCUGUCAGUGGGACAAGGCCUACUAAAUUGAUUGAAGGCACACAUUCAUUGGUCUAUGUAGCCACAGACAGUGCAGGCAAUUCAGGGUUUUGCUCUAUGCAAGUUGAGGCUAAAGUGACCAGAUGUUAUGGUUUAAGUACUCCAGAAAAUGGCAUGAUUGAGCUUGUGUCAGGACAUGGUUCCUGUAUUGAGAGCGCUGUUUAUGGCUCCAGGUGUGCGGUCAGUUGUGAGGCUGGCCACACUUUGUCAACAGAGGGCACUACAUUGGUUAGACAGUGCGACCGUCUGAGUGAGCAGAGUACUGUGGGUUUUUGGACCCAGAAUCCACCGUCAUGUAAUGUAAAUUUAUGCAGCUUUCCGAAUAUAUCCAAUGGCUACAUUGCGGGUUGCAAUGGUGAUAGUGCUUCAUAUGAAGAUUCCUGUGAGUUUCGUUGUGACCCGGGUCAAAAGACAUCUAGUGGUCAAACCUUUCGAGUCCGUCAGUGUCAAGCAGACACCUCUUGGAGUGGGUCGGACUUUCAAUGUACAGUGACAGUGACAUGUCCAGGUCCCUUCUCGAUCACCCAUGGAUCCAUAGGGCCAGCUACCUGCAGCCAGGCCUCGAUGCUACCAUACAACACUGAGUGUCUCUUCAGCUGUAAUAAUGGCUUCAUUCAACAGGGUCCUUCAAGCAAGACAUGCACAGAUGAUGGAUCAUGGGAUAACCCUCAGACCACGCUGUGUAUCGACCAACAGAAACCCAGUUUUGAAGACAGUUGUCCGGUGUGGAUCACAGUAACAAGUGCCUUUGGCUCAACAUUUCAAGUGGUUGAUUUUGAUGUGCCGACUGCCACUGAUAACUCUGCCAAUGUUACUGUCAGAAGGCAAAGCGGACAUACGGCUCCAGGAAGUGUGUUCCCUGAAGGAAGAACAACUGUUACUUACAUCGCUACAGACCCGACUGGUAACUCUCAACUCUGUGAUGUCUUCAUUACGGUUGAAGUUUAUCGCUGUGGAAGACUAGAGGCCCCAGGAUCAGGCAGUGUGUUAUGCAACCAUACAGCUCACAUCGUUGGCACUCAGUGCGUGCUGGAAUGUAACACUGGCUACACCAUGGGUGGAUCAGAUAUUAGAACAUGUCAACUUAAUGGUGACAACACUCCGUACUGGGAUGGACAAAAUACAGUAUGCACAAUUUUGUCCUGUCCAUCACAAGCCAUUCCUGCCAACGCCUUUAAGUCUGGCUGUAGCAACUCUCCUGAUGCUUUUGAGACUUACGGCACCGAGUGUUCCUUCCACUGCAUGUUAGGUUACAAGGAAGAAACCAGCGACGGUGGCCGAUCACGCUGCCUGGAAGAUGGCACAUGGUCAGGAACAGAUCUUGUGUGCACCGAGACUCAGUGUCCGAUUCUUAGUCCAUCUUCAGGAGUGACUCUGAUUCCCACGUCCUGCUUCAGUCAGGCAGUGUAUGGAGAUAACUGCCUCUUGUCAUGCGUUAAGUCUGGGUUCAAGGUUGUGUCUCCUGGCUCUGACCAUGUGACGUGUUUUGGCAAUGGACAGUGGUCACAGAAUAUCUCAAGCGUCCAGUGUGUUGAUGACCAAGACCCUCAGUUUACAAAUUGUCCUGCGCCACAGACUUUCUAUGCCUUGAAUGGCUCCUCCUCGGCUGAGGUGACCUGGUCCAUCUGUGCUACGGACAACGAUGACCUUCCUCCUACAAUUACCUGUGACGCAGUGUCAGGGGACCAGUUUGUUAUUGGUCUCCACUGGGUGGUGUGUACAGCACAAGAUGCUGCUGGUAACACUGCAGGAUGUAACUUCAACUUUGAUGUCCAGCAGCGUAGAUGUCCGUUUCUUUCCCCUCCACAUUUUGGUGAUUUUGUGGGGGAUUGUAGCAUCGUCCAUGGCAGUGUGUGUCAGAUCCAUUGCCUUGAUGGAUAUGUACUCCAAGGUUCGGAUCAAGCUACUUGCGAAUUCGACGGUUCAAAUACCUACUGGCAAAGAGACGAAACACCAAGCUGUAACUUUGUCACAUGUGAUGCCUUGUCACUUCCAUCUGAUGUUCAAGUCAAUCCAGCAUAUUGUGCGUAUAGCCGUCUGACGAUCGGUUCCAGGUGUAGCUUCUCUUGUUUGAACGGUCUCAGCCUCUCUAACAAUGUUUCAUCGGUGGUUUGUGAGGACGACGGGACAUGGAGUGCUGAGAUGAGUGACUUGCCAACACACUGUGAAGAUGGUAUUGCUCCUACCUUAUCAGUCUGCCCGGGUCCCACUCAGGCUACUCUAGAAAAUGAAAAUACAGUGUCUGUGACUUUUGACGUCCCAACUGCAACUGACAACCUCCCAUCUAGUGCCCUGACUCUGGUGACAUACCCUGCUGAUGUAACUUCCCCUUACCUGUUUAACGAAACAACAGAUGUGACUUAUACCUUCACUGACCAGGCUGGUAACUCCGCUACAUGUGUUUUUAGAGUUAGUAUAUCCGAUGAGUUUGAACCGAGGAUAGUUUUCUGCCCAUCAGCUGGUUACGACAUCACUGGCCCACAGCAGACUGAGGUCACAUGGCAGACGCCAGUCUUUGAGGAUUUAAGAGGGGAUCAUUUACAAAUCACACAAUCCCGGGGGACCGGGAACUCUGACAGGUUCUCUUGGGGGACGCAUAAUGUGGUGUAUACAGCAAGUGAUAUCGACAACGGUCAGAUGGCGGUUUGUGAAUUCACCAUUACUCUCAACCCUGUGGAGUGUUCCCCACUGGAUGCACCUCAGAAUGGGGCCUUGGCUUGUGAUCUUUGGCAAUACGGUAAAUUCUGCACAAUGUUAUGUAAUGCCAACUUUGACAUACCUUACGUUCGUCGUGGGGUGAAGGUAGAAAAACAAUAUGUUUGUGGUUCAUCUGGGAUGUGGACACCUAGCUCAGAAGUUCCAGAUUGUUCAGAAUCAAGGGGAUCCGUAACAGCAAACUUACCCUCUGAGGUACUGUAUUUUUCGGGUGAUUGUUCAAGUCAAUCAACACGGGAUAGCAUAGCACAGGCUUUUAUUGACCUCUUACUGGAUUCUAGCUAUGAUGAGGUAUGUACUAUGACUGAUCAGUGCACCAUAGGUAAUGUGGAAGUCACAUGUGGUGCAUCAAGACGACGGAGGCGCAGUUACCAGGAAGAUGGGUACCAACAACAGAGACAUCUGCAGCGGUCAGAGGCGAAAGGGUCAAAGCAGAGUUCAAUGGAGUUGCAACUCAGCAAGCCAGAUGAACAAGCUCAUAGAAAGCAGCGCCGAGAAGCUCUUACCUCUGAAGUUUUCAUCUAUUUUGAAGUCGGUAUUAACAUCCAGCAUUCUGAAGGAGUGGACAGUUUUGAUGCAACGAUUGAUGCCGAAGAUAAGAUGAUAAUGGUUGUAGACAGUUUGUCCACUAAGCUAGAUGACGGCACACUACCUCUUGUGGUACCUGAGGUAGAGAUGCAAUACGAUGCCUCUACUUACGGCUUGGCAGAGAUUGACUGUGAACCAGGUUACAUUGCAGACAAUGACAACUAUGUGUGCGUUGCGUGUACCACUGGUUACAUGUUCAACAACUUGACCAACGAAUGCCAGUCCUGUCCCAGAGGGUGUUAUCAGGAUCAGCAGGCUCAGCUUUCAUGCUUUGAUUGCCCCCCUGGUACUACAACAGCCACUUCUGGAGCCAACAAUGAGACAUUGUGUAAAGAGUCGUGCCCAGUUGGUCAGUACUCUGACACUGGUACCAUCCCUUGCUUCAAAUGUGCUUUCGGAGAAUUCCAACCGGAGCCUGGCCAGACGUCAUGUCUACCAUGCCCAGAUGGCACAACCUGUCAGGACUAUGGUUCUCAGUCCAUUGAUCAGUGUCUAGAAAUAUGCAGCCCAGGCAGUGUGUCCGACACAGGCUUUUUUCCAUGUACCCUGUGUGAGCGUCGUAGCUACCAGCCUAACAGCCAGCAACGACACUGCUUACUGUGCCCAGGAAGCAACACAACAAUCAAUAAUGGGUCUACCAGCUUGGAGCAAUGUGUUUAUAUUGAUGAGUGUAAGAGCUCUCCAUGCAGUGAUGAAUCAACCUGUAUUGACUUGAUAGACGGCUUCAGGUGUGACUGUCAACCAGGCUAUGAAGGAGACCGUUGUCAGUUUGAUAUUGAUGAAUGUUUACAUCACAGAUGUGCCAAUAAUGCAACCUGCGAUAAUCAAAUCAAUCACUACCAGUGUCUUUGUGUCACCGGAUUUCAAGGUGAAUUCUGUGAUGAGAACAUUGAUGAGUGUGACUCUUCACCCUGUCUGAAUGAUGGUGUGUGUCUCGAUCAGGUCAAUUGGUACGGCUGCCAAUGUACAUCCAAUUACACUGGUAUCAACUGUGAAAUCCCUAGCUGUAUUCCAAACCCAUGCGAGAACGGUGGGUACUGUCGAGCUGAAGGUGGUGAUUAUGUAUGCCUUUGUGCUCCUGGAUACAAUGGUAUUAACUGCUCCAUUUCUAUCAAUGAAUGUGACAGCAGCCCCUGUCAGAAUGGAGGAACAUGUCGUGAUCUACUCAACGCCUUCAGCUGCGAAUGCCCUGCUGGAUUUAACGGAACCCGCUGUGAAAUUGAUGUGGACCUGUGUGCCAGUUCACCGUGUCACGAGGCAUCAACCUGUGUGGAUCAAGUCUCAGUAUUCCGCUGUGUGUGUCCAGCAGAUAGGGCCGGGGAUCUUUGCUACAAGGUCAGGACGGCAUGUGACGAUGCCCCGUGUCAGAAUAAUGCCACUUGUGUCUCAAGUGAGCUUAAUGAAUAUAACUGUGCAUGUGUUGCAGGCUAUUCCGGGCUGAACUGUGAGGUGGAUUUCAGUGAAUGUGCAUCAGCUCCUUGCUCUAAUGGAGGAACGUGCAGUGAACCUGAACUUAACUCAUUCAUGUGUGACUGUCUACCAGGCUUUCAAGGAGACACCUGCACUCUUGACAUUGAUGAGUGUUCGUCCAAUCCCUGUGGAGCCAUGAAUACAUGUGAAGAUGAAAUCAAUGGCUACUUCUGCCAAUGUGAAGUGGGUUUAACCGGUGAUCAUUGUGAGGAGACCAUUGACUACUGUGCGGAGCUUUCACUGUGUAUGAAUGGUGCAACGUGCAGUAAUACCGGCACUGGGUACCAGUGUUCAUGCAUACCAGGAUACAUCGGAUUGAAUUGUGAGUUGGAUAUUGAUGAGUGUGUUUCAAGGCCAUGUCAGCAUAGUGGAGCUUGUAUAGAUCAAGUCAAUGGUUACUUAUGUGACUGUGUAGAAGGUUUCACUGGAUCGCACUGUGAUAUGAACAUAGAUGACUGUUAUCCAGGUUUGUGUGAGAAUAAUGGAACCUGCUUUGAUGGUAUUGCUUCUUACACAUGUGAAUGCUCUGCUGGUUUCACUGGUACACACUGCGAAGAACCGAUUGAUUACUGCGAUGGGAAUCCAUGCCAGAACGGUGGUGUAUGUCUGAGUCAACACCUCGGCUACAGUUGCAUGUGCCUAGAAGGUUAUAUCGGCCAGAACUGUGAAGAAAACUUUGACGAAUGUUCAUCAUACCCUUGCAUAUACGCAUCAUCCUGCGAAGAUGAUGUCAACGACUAUGUCUGUAUCUGUGAGGCGGGUUAUGACGGCGUCAACUGCGAGCAUGAAAUUGAUGAAUGUGACAGCGAUCCAUGUAUGAAUGAUGGGAGAUGUUGGGAUUACAUUAAUCAGUUUGUGUGCCGGUGUCUGGAAGGGUUCACCGGUACACUCUGUGACGACAACAUCGAUGAUUGUCUGGAAGAGCCUUGUUUUAAUGGAGGAAGCUGUCUUGAUGAGACUAACUCCUUCAGCUGUGUCUGCAGCGAAGGAUUCACAGGUGAUUUGUGCGAUGUCAACAUUGAUGAGUGUGAGUCUACUCCAUGUAUGAACGGUGCGGCAUGCCAAGAUGGUCUCAGUGCGUACGAGUGUGAAUGCCUACCUGGAUAUAGCGGGGAUGAUUGUGACGUGAACAUCAAUGAAUGUCUGCUAAACAAUGCUGACUGUAUGCACGGAGGCAGCUGUAUUGAAAAGGUAGCUGACUUUGAAUGUUCGUGCCAUGCUGGCUACAGAGGGCGCUUUUGUGACGAGGAAAUCAACGAGUGCGAUUCUGACCCUUGUGAGAAUGGAGGUAGUUGUACAGAUGAAGAAGCUAAGUUCUCUUGUGAUUGCGCCAAAGGAUUCACUGGUGCACGGUGUGAAAUCAAGGUUGAUUUGUGUGUUGAGGUACCAUGCAGUAAUGGAGCUACCUGCACAUCAAGGCCUGGUGCCUUCAGCUGUUCAUGCCCUCCAGGCUUCAGUGGUGAUUUAUGUGACACUGAUGUUAAUGAGUGCGUGAGUCAACCAUGUCUAUAUCAAGCUACAUGUGAAGAUAGAAUCAAUGGAUAUCAGUGUGUCUGUCUGCCAGGCUAUACCGGGGUUCAUUGUGAAACAAAGUUAUCAGCAGACUUUGACCUCAAGUUUUUCAACACAUCAAAAGCUGACUUGGUACGUGUCACCAACUUGACGUCAUAUGAACUAUCCGAUCUCUCAGCCUCAUUAUGGAUGAGAUCUGUCAGGUGCCAUGGUGAUUUCAUCCUCUGGAUGAUAUCAACCAAUGGUAACCCAGUCAUCAAGGUGCAUGAUCCGAGUGAUUUGAAAUUAACCAUCAUGGGCUCUAAAACCGUCAUCGAGAUGUCAACCAUGUUAUGUGAUGGACGUUGGCACAGUGUGCUGGUAACCUGGCAAGGUACCAGUCAGGAAUGGAAGGUAUAUAUUGAUCAGACUCUAGCAGCUGAGGGCGCUGUUAAUGAAACAACGGUGACACUACAGCGUGGGUUGACGCUCACCAUUGGACCUGAUGGUAGUGAAGAAGAUUUUCACAGCUUUGAGCUGGACCUGAGUAGUGUCAACAUAUGGAGUAUUGCAUGGAAUGAAUCCCAGGUACCAGACAUUGUAUCAUCGUGCAGACCGUCAUUACCUGCUGAUGUGUUUGCAUGGAGUCAGUUGGCUAUAACACCUAGUGAUGCUGUUACACAAACACUGAGGGCGCCCUCCACAUGUGAUGAUAUCGAUGAGUGCUCCAGUGACCCUUGUACAGCUGGUCAAUGUGAAGAUCAACUAUCGAUGUUUACGUGUCACUGCCCUGAGGGAUUGGAGGGAGACAGAUGCCAGAACGUGAGAGACUAUUGUCUUGAGGAUGUGUGCCUUAACAACGCUACCUGUCAGAGUGAGGCAGUGGGCUAUCUGUGCGUUUGUCCUGUGGGUUUCAACGGAUCACAGUGCCAGAACCAAAUCAUUGAUGGCGGUUGGGGUCCUUGGACGCCGUAUUCAAAUUGCACCGAGCCUUGUGAUGGUGGAACUCAAACCCGAUCACGUGUCUGCGACAAUCCCCUGCCUGAAAACGGAGGACAACCUUGCUCUGGGGAAGCCACCGAGGAGAAGGCUUGCAACAUCCAAGGAUGUCCAGCCUGUAGUACACUCCGUAGUCCUCUUAGGGGUAGGAAAGACUGUACGGAGAAAGCUGACAAAGAAAUAAACUGCACCAUCUCCUGCCGUGAUGGAUAUACCUUUGGUAUGUCAACCUUGAGCUUCUACCAUUGUGGUCCAAGCUCUAGCUAUCGUUGGCCCCAUCAAAAUGAAGAUAAUCCACUUGCAAGAUUACCACAGUGUGUCGAGGCAAAACCUGUCAAAGCUUUCACCGCGAUGAUGUCGUGCGAUUUCAACAGCGUUUCCUGUAGCUCUGAAGCGGACAUGGCGACCGUUAAGGAAAGUGCACACUCAUCUUUGAGUAAACAACCAUCUCUGUCUUGUGUGAAUGAUAAAACGUGCACCGCUGAAGUGUCUGUUGGGAACUGUAACCAUGGCGGUCGAGGAGUCAGACAGGCAGUGACUGGUAUCCAACUCACUGUGACUGUCUUCAUUAACUUAACUGAGACAGGAAAUGCAACUGGAAAUGGAACAGAAAAUGGUGGGCAAGCUUUAGUUGAAUCUGUAAGUGGUUUAGUCACUGUCGUCGAAGCUGGAGAGUUUGAACUGGAGAUCGACGGAGAGGUCAAAAGUCCUGACCUCAGCUCCAUUGUUACUGAUGGCUUCAACACGUGCCCAGAGGGAACUGCUCAAACUGAUGAUGGAUUCUGUGUGAGAUGCGGGCAGGGGACAUUUCUUUUUCAGAGUUCGGAGAAUGAAUUUGAUUGCCUGCCUUGCCCUGUUGGUACAUAUCAGGAUCAGGAAGGGCAGUCUUCAUGUACCAACUGCCCUCAUGAGAUGGUCACUUAUGGCAAGGGGGCAUUUAACAUCACUGAAUGCUUUGCUGUAUGUGAGAAGGGUUCGUACCGUGUAUGGAGCGAUGUGAUUGGAGAUAACCGAUGUGAUCUUUGCCCUGAAAAUACCUUCAGCAAUGAAACUGGGAUGGAGUACUGCAUUGACUGCCCAGAUGGAAUGAUUACUAACGGUACUGGAGCAGUCAGUUCAACAGAUUGCUACCAUCUUCCAACAAACACAACUACAACAACGACCACAACAGCACCGACCACCACAGAGCGAUUACCAAGAGCUCCUCCAGCAGCACACGGUUAUAACAUCGUUUUUGUGAUCAUAGGAAUCUCCGGACUCUUUACCCUUAUCAUGACCAGCAUACUCUUAUGCCUCCUGUUUAAAAAGUUAACUGUGAAAAAUGAAGUUUCACAAUCACCGGAACCAGAUCGACUGUUAACUGCAUAUGAGAUGCAGCCAGGACCCAGCAAUCGAUAUACUCUAGAUGAACGUGAGCAAUCUCCUCCAAGUUGCUCUCCCCCUCCCUACGAAGCUUUUGUCGUGGAGAAGCCAGAACUUCCACCAGAGUACAAAACUGAACAAUCAUGGCUCACACCAACCCAGGCUUUUAGCAAGGAAAAUCAACAUAUGGACACUUAAAGGCAGUGGACACUCUUGGUAACUGUCAAAGACUAGCCUUCACAGUUAGUGUAAUUCAACAUAU